AUGCAAGGGACUACAACCGGUAAAGACCUGUACGAUGAACUAAAGUCAGUGUUGGAAAAUUUUUCAAUUUCAUUAGAAAAAAUUAUUGGUAUAUCGGCAGAUGAAGCACGAGCAAUGUCAAGCAUGAAGUUGCCAUUAUAUUUAUCAUCUUUCACUUGUAAAACUACACUAUGUUUGUUCAAUGGAUCAUCUGCCUCCCCGGAUGCCUCCCACAGGAGGCGGGACGGGGUUAAGCCAAGCUUAUCGUUAAAUCACCGUGAAUUUAAAGAAUGCCUGAAAGAUUUAGAAACUGAAUAUGGCGACGUGGUUUUUAAUACCGAAGUACGUUGGCUUAGUAGAGGUGCAAUGCUAAAGAGAGUAUACAACUUAAAAAGCGAAAUACAAUUGUUCGUGGAUAUGAAGGGAUAUGCCUUUCCUCAUUUUGGUAAUAAAGAAUGGAUGUGCGAUUUUGGGUUUCUUAUCGACGUGACUCAGCAUCUCAAUGAUCUUAAUGUGGAACUUCAAGGCAAAGGACAGUUUAUUCACAAUUUGUAUGAUAAAAUUCAGGGCUUUGAGCGCAAAUUAAAAUUGUGGAAACAUAAUCUUUUGCAGAAUAAUGAGUCUCAUUUUCCACAUUUGGAAAAAUUAAACGUUACUACUUCUCAAAAUUGCGCACAAUAUAUAGACAUUUUAAUCAACGAAUUUCAAUUACGAUUCCAAAUCUUCAAAGCUGAGAAGACAGCGGUUUCCAUAAAAAUGUUUUCCUCGCCAUUUAAUAUCGAUGUGGAUACAGUUCCCGAAGACUUUCAAAUGGAAGUGAUUGACAUGCAGAAUGAUACCGAUUUAAAAAAAAAAAUUCUCAGUAAACAUUGA